CGCAGUAUGGAUGAGCGGAGUGUCGCUCUACCAGACACCGCGGAAAGCCGGCGCGAUGCAGCCGGUGGCAAAACAAAUAUCAUUAAUUUGUCGAAACAGAAUAGACGACUGUCGGCACGCGCAUUCAUUUGGCCAAUUAGCAAGCAACUACAGAUGAGGCAGUCGUGUCGUUAUAACCUACGAUACGAGACUGUUGGUUUCAGAGCAUAUUUAGACCCAGCCGUUUGGUUGUGCCAUGAUUGCACUGGUAGAAAAUAAAGGAAUGAAGAAGGCCGAAGGCAAGCGCAACGCAUGUUACUUAUGGAGCCUGCCACGAAGCCGCCUUCUAAGCUUCAUCUUGGCAACAAUCGCAGUCUUCGUCCUAAUGCAUUGGUUCUUCUACAUGGAAGAAAAUAAGGAGGCACUCAAGGUUGUUUCACGUCGCUUUUCUUGGCACUCGGAUGUUGGACAUGACCAAGAAAGGCAUCCCAACGUCACCGACAUUCUCAAGGAUGUCAUUAGCGAUAGCAAGCGAGCAAACGUGUCGUCAGAUAACCUUUGUCCACUAAUAUCGCCCAACUUAGUCGGGGACAUACCAGUGAAGAUGGAUGUGCCGUCUAUGGAGGUUGCAGAGACGGAGUUCCCGGAUGUAAUGCCAGGAGGCCGCUUCCGACCGAAAGAGUGCACUUCAAGACACAGAGUCGCCAUACUCGUUCCCUACAGGAAUCGCACCGAGCACCUUAGGAUAUUCGCCUACAACAUACACAGAGUCCUCUCUCGGCAACAGAUCGACUACGGUGUUUUCGUCAUUGAGCAGGGUGACAACGGUGGUUUUAACCGAGCGAAGCUCUUCAACGUUGGCUUCGUUGAAGCGACGGCCCUGUACGACUACCAGUGCUUUAUUUUCCACGACGUCGACAUGAUCCCCAUUGACGACAGAAACGUUUACACGUGCCCAGAAAAACCUCGGCAUAUGUCCGUCAACGUCAACAACAAAUCCAUGGUGUACUACGCACAGUUUUUCGGCGGUGUCAGUGCGGUGAACAAAGAGCAGAUGCUGCGAGUCAAUGGCUACUCCAAUAAGUACUGGGGAUGGGGAGCUGAAGACGACGACAUGUCGCACAGGCUGGAAAUAUAUGGCUACAAGAUUCAUAGGCGUCCCGGCAAAAUAGCGAGAUACGCCACCCUCGCCCACGUGAAGAGCAAGCCGAACGAUAAAAGGAUGAGUAUCCUCAAGAAGUGGCGGAGCCGUUUACGGAAGGACGGCUUGAACAGCCUGAAGUACAAACGCCUCGACAUGGCGUUCAAAAAGUUUUACACUUGGAUACUGGUGGACCUACGAGAGUCCACGUGACUUUCGGGAACAACGCGCCAGCUGCGAGACUCUACAGAGCUUACGGGCCCUGUGGCAGUUUAAAAGCAAUUGUGAAUAAAUGCGCGUGACGUGCUUUCUCGAGCCAAAGUCGCACGCUUAAAAGGC